AGAAGACCAAACAAGCCUUAAUAUCAACAGUAGAUGCGGAAAAGCGUCUCUUGGCCAAUGCUCUGCUGGACUUCUCCAAUGAGCGAUUUGUUCUGCUUUCUGAGAGUUGCAUUCCAGUCUUUAAUUUCCCUACCGUCUACAAGUACCUCAUUGACUCUGCCUACAGCUUUGUGCAGUCUUAUGAUGAAAACUCGAACCAAGGCCUCCGAUAUUAUAACAGCCGCAUGGCCCCUGAUAUCAAGCUUUCCCAAUGGAGAAAAGGCUCUCGGUGGUUUGAAAUCCAGCGCUUAUUGGCAGUUGAUAUAGUUGCAGACAAGAAGUACUACUCUUUUUUCAGGAAAUAUUGUAAAACCGGUUGCUUCCCUGAUGAGUUCUACAUCCCUACCUACUUGAACAUGUUCCACGGGUUAUCAAAUGCGAACAGGACUGUGACUUGGGCUGGCUGGUCAAGGGGAGGUCAUCACCCUGCAACUUAUGGCCGUGAAGACAUCACAGAGAGCUUGAUUCAAUCUAUCAGAAAUAAUGGCAUCAUCUGUACAUACAACUCCAAACCAAGUUCUGUCUGUUUCCUUUUUGCAAUGAAGUUUUCUCCUGAUGCAUUGGAACCCCUACUCAACCUCACUUCAACGGUCAUGAAAUUUUAAAUUCUUUUUCUAGACCUCUCCUUCUGCUUACCCCUACUCAACUUUCUUAUUCAUACAUACUUACCUCGUGUAUUUGGAGCUUUGGAGCAUGUAUUUUAUGAUACUAAGAGCUCGAGUUGAAA